AUGUCGAGUCCAGAAAACGUAUUAUUACCUGAUGGGCGACGGAUUGGGGAUCUGAAGGUAGCCGACCUCCGAACUCAGCUGGAGAUAAGAGGACUAAGUAGAUCAGGUGUAAAGAAGGACUUGUGCGCACGCCUUUCAGAUGCUGUGGAUACCGAACUGCAACAGAGCAGAGUGGAGGCUAAAGGUGCUGCACAACCUGUAGCAUCAAAUGGUUCUUCAGGAACUAACACACAAAAUGAGGAUGCUUUAGAAAUUGAUGCUGUUGCCUCAGAUGAAGAAAUCACUGAGUCGUCUGCACCUAAUGACAUAAGCACAACUAUGGAGCAUGACAUUUCUAAAAGUGAGGAAAUUGUGUGUAAGUCUACGCCUACUUCUGCUUCUCCUCCUUCUUCUGAGUGCACAAUACACAAUAGUGAAAUAACGACAGCAGCAGCUACAGUAGUACCAGUAGCUCCGAGUGUGGACGAUGCACCUGAAAAUGUCGGGACUGUGGAUCAACCUGUUUCUACUGCUGUAGUAAAGGAUAGUAAAUCAGAGACAGAAAUUCAACCACAACGUAGAAGACAAUGGGGAUCACGUUCUAUCGCCAGCACUCCAUCAUUAUCUUCAGAGUCUUUAGAGAAACUAAUCCCACCGUCUGCAUGUGGUGGUGUUGGUUGGGUAAGAAGUAAAAGUUUAAUUGUGAAUAGUAAUGAGAAUGAAACUGACGUGUCAAAUGAUUCAACAGCUUUACAAGAUACGCCGAAACCUUCUUUAGACAUUCACAAUGAAAAGCCUACUACUACUACUAUACUAUUAAUAUUGAAGAAGCUGGAAAUGAUAAACUCGAUCAUACAAUUGACGACGACAAAUCAGUCGUCGACGUUGACAACAUCAUCAUCAUCAUCUGCAGUGAAAAAGACCUCUUCAUCACCAAGUAAACGUAAAGGUCCAAAAGAAACCAAAGCUGUUGGUUACUUAGUUGAACCACCAGAGCGUAUUGAACCUGUUCAACCGGCUAAACAUCCACAGACGGAUAUUGUUUAUAUUCGUUUUCUUGUCCGUCCAUUCACUGCUGAACAAUUGCGUCAAAUGAUUACAACACAUUAUGGUCCUGUUGUUGAUCUAUGGCUAGAUAAAAUCAAGUCAUCCUCAUUAAUACGUUUACAGACUGCAGAAUAUGCUGAGAAAUGUCGUGAAGGCUUAGAUGGUAGUCGUUGGCCAUCUAUGAAUCCACGUGUCCUCCGCUGUGAUUAUGCUAGCACUGAUUUGUUCGAAUGGAUGAAAGUCAAUGGUGAUUCAACUGAUGCUGUACCUCCAAAACACUUGUUACUUGGUGAAACUUCGUCAUCGUCUGUUGCAGAAAGUCAAGCAGUCAAAGUCAGUGAAGAGAAAUCAGGUGGUCAUGAAUAUAUUGGAUCAAGUGAACUACAACGUGAUGCAAAGCCUGCAGAUUUACGCCGAAAACUAGAAAGAACCAAUCGUGACUUAGAAGCACCAAAUACUGCUGCAAUAAUGAAGUCUAAACAAAAUGAAAGUAAAGAUGCCCUGGCACCACCACUGAUUGACACGAAACCUAAAAGUGAAGAGCCUGCCCAACUGUUGAACAAUUUAUUUCGAAAGACUACAGCCACUCCAUCCGUCUAUUGGUUGCCAUUAACUGUUGAACAAGUGAAUCAACGGACAAAAAAAGUUGCUGUUGAAAAAUCCUCCUCCUCCUCCUCUGGCGUGAAAAAUAUCUCCAGUCGAAAUUCUGAGGAGUCUGAACAUAGAGCUACACGCAGUCCGUUUACAAAUACCACCACCACCACCACUGAUCCUCCUCUUCCUCCUACUUCUACAACAUUGGGUGGUGGUCGCUCCUCUUCGCAUAAAACUAUGAAAACUGGAUCAAAAGUUUCCGAUGACAGGCGUUUACCUACUGCCACUGCUACUGCAAAGUCUAAUGAGACAGUUAAACAAAAAACAGCAACAAUUAAAAAGUCGACACAAAGUCAUACCUCAUCGUCUACUGCUGCUGCUGUUGCUAAUAAUAAUAAUAAUAAACAUUCAACGGCACCAUCCGAUUCUAAAUUAUUGAAAUCAAGGAAUACAACAGAUUUGAAAAGUGGUCGCCGUGAUGAUAUAGCUGAUAAACAGAUAUCACAAUUGUCUAAACCAGAUGUUCAAUCCAAUAAUACGUCGUCAUUGAUAAAAAUGGAUGAUAAUCGGAGAAAAGAAUCCUCAUCUCCAACUCGUGCUCAGAAGCGUCCAUCCAAGACGAUAACAGCUAGUGAUGAUAAGGAGAUUGUAGCCUCAAAACAAAGUCGAUCUGAUGUUACCUCUGGUGGUGGUGAUUCAUCAGUUGUAGGCGGUGCUUUAGCAACUUAUAAACGAAAUCAUAUCGGAUCACAACCAGAACAUCAUGAACAUCGUUCUGAACACCGAAGACGUUCCUCUAGUAGUCAUCGUCGUCGUAGUCCUUCAGAUCGUAAAACAACAACAACUGCCACCAGCUACAAAAGCUAUCGUCCUGAAAGUACUCGGAUGAGAGAUAAAUUAUCUCACUCCCGUGGUGGUGGUGGUGUUGAACGAUAUCGUUCACGAUCAACCAGUAGAAGGUAUCGAUCUCGAUCGAUGAAUCGAAGAAGUCGAUCUCGAUCACCGAUUGUUAGUCGAAGGAAUCGAUCUCGAUCCACUAGUGGUGGUGGUGGUAGUCGGAGAAAUCGUUCUCGGUCGUAUGGACGUAGAGAUCGUUCCUCAUCCUAUCGUUAUCGAUCACGACGCUAAUGCAUUUGAUGAUGAUGAUGAUGGUGAUGAUAACCACACUGUGUAUAUUUUCUAUAUGGAUCCUCAUUAUUCUCAUAGCUACGAAUUUCUUCUCUUUGUGUUAUAUGCCCAUUCUUCCCCCCCCCCCCCGCCUUGUCUCUCUUCACUUACUUAAUAACUAACCAACUACCAUAUUCUCACUCCAUGAAAACUUGAAAAUAAUAUACUAACUAACUAUUUUC